AGGAUGGUUUCAUUUUUUUAAAUAAAUAUAGAAACAGAAUGUUCCCAUGGUUUUUCAUGUCCUCGAUGUCGAUAUCCAUUUAUGGGAGACUCUCUUUAGCCAUGUGUCCUCGAUGAUGAUAUCCAUUUAUCAGAGACUAGUGAGACCAUGUUCAAUUACGUUGGAUUGUAUCCGGAAUCGUUUCGGCUAAUCAAAAUUUAUAUAAAUUAAAGAAACAAUCCCGUUACGUUCCGCCCACCAAUCGCGAAGAUGCUAAUCUUCGCCGGUCGCCACUCGCCCGUCUCGGAGCUACUGCCGCUGGCCAACCAUUUCACCUGUUGCGGCUCUCGCCCCUCCAUCGAAAUCGCCAUGCCGCAUGGUCACGCCGCAGCCGUGGUGGACCGGCUGCUGCGCAGGCUGGGGUCCGCCGCUUGCCGGCUGGAGGUGCCCCCGAAUAUAGACGGGGACCUAGCGCAUGUGUGGACAACUCUGGCGAGGUUGCAAGAUAUGCUGGUUAGCCUGGAGAUCCGUCCGGAGCUGCAAGAAUGGAUGGGGGAUAUCAAGCAGGUCGCGUACGAUGUUGAGGAUCUGGUCGAUGAAUUGGAAGACCACAAUAGCAUGGAAUCUCAGAUGAGCGGCUGCGUUGCAGUUGGAGAGGAAACAAGAUGGUGCUGUUCAUGUUCGUUUCUCAUGCAUAGUACAAGAGCGGACAGAAUGAAGACAAUCAAAAGAAGGUUGGACUUUUUAGUAAAAGAUUCUGUCAUCUUCAGUUUGAUGCAGUACCCUUUUCCUGAUGUUGAGAGAUUUGAUAAUGAAGCAUUUGAUAGAGCUGCAGUCGUUGGAAGAGAUAAUGACAAAGCAAAGAUAAAGGACAUGAUCUUGCAAAGUAAUGCACAAAAGUUCUCAAUCAUUCCCAUUCUUGGCCUCGUGGGGUUGGGGAAAACAACUCUUGCUAGAUUAAUUUUCCUUGACCAGGGAGAAGGUUGGGAUUUUGAUCUUCGUAUCUGGAUAUCCUUAAAUAGGAAACUAAACAUAAAAAUGAUUGCUAGUGAUAUAAUCUCGCAAUGUAAUCAUAGAGAAGAAAAGCUUUUAGAUGUUCGUACGGACAUGGAGAUCCAGGAAAACUUUCAGUUGCUAAAGAGGUGUUUGCAAGAGGCACUCCAUGAAAAACAUUGUCUGAUUGUCUUGGAUGACCUUUCUAGCACAGAUAAAAACCAGUUGGAUGAAUUGAAGGAAAUGCUGAAGGGUACAAAUGAGUCUAUCAAGGUUUUAGUGACGACCUCCAGCGAAAUAACUGCAGAACUACUGCACACCAUUCCACCGUACAAGUUGUGUCCUUUAUCUGAAGACGACAGUUGGAAAAUAUUUUCUCAAAAGGCUUUUGGGAAUUGUGAUGGUGAUAACACUGACCUUAAGAAAAUCGGAAAGGAAAUAGUAAAAAGGUGUGAGGGAAUACCAUUAUUGACUCAUUCUCUUGGUUUAGUUGUACAAAAUGAAGUCACAAAUGUGUGGUUAGCUGCAAGGGAUGAAGAGAUAUGGAAACUAGAAAGAAGAGUUGCCACUAAAAUAGAAUUGUUUUCACCAUUAUAUCAAAUAUACAAUGACUUCUCCUCAACUAUUAAAUUGUGCUUUCUAUAUUUAUCCAUAUUUCCUAAAGGGUCUACAAUAGAUAAGGAAAAACUGAUCCAACAGUGGAUUGCACUCGAGAUUAUUGGAUCAAAACAUGACUCCUUGCCUCCUUAUGUGAAUGGAGAGAUGUGCAUCCAGGACUUUUUGUCAAUAUAUUUUCUCCAAGUUCGAGAUACACACUCAGUUUAUGGAAUGGAUAACAGAGUAGUUCCUACAACAUUCUACAUUCAUAACUUUGUCCAUGAAUUUGCAAGACAUGUUGCUUGUGAUGAUAUUAUAAUUUUCGAUGGUACCAAAAUGCAAAAGGGCUGUGCAAAAAGACAAACCUUCCAAUAUGCACUCUUGACAUGUUACCGGGUGCAGUCAACAUUUUCCCACUCAACGCUGACAAGGACAAGGGCAUUGCAUAUCAUGAACUCUGAGGCGAUAACAUUUCCUCGUGAAGCAUUUGAAUUACUGAAGCACUUGCGUGUUUUGAAUCUUAGUGGAUGUUGCAUUGAAGAAUUACCAGCCUCUAUAGGUUGUCUAAAGCGUCUAAAAUAUCUUGAUGUUUCUGGUGUGCAGAUACAAACAUUGCCAUUCCCGGUGAGUAGGUUGACAAACCUUGAGGUACUGGAUCUAUCAAAAACAUGUAUGAAGGAAUUACCCUCUUUCAUUGGUAAUUUACAGAACCUAAAAUAUUUAAACAUGCAAGGUUGUGAUAAACUUCAAAACCUACCUUUAUCCCUUGGUCAUCUACAACGACUUGAGCAACUUCGACUGUCAUGCUGCAGAUGCAUUGCUAUGCUACCAGACUCUUUGUGCAACCUUAUCAAUCUUCGAAUUUUGGAUUUAUCAAGAUGCACUAUGCUGCGACACUUACCUGCUUUAUUUGGUAACUUAGUGAACUUGGAGGAUCUAAGCCUAUCUAGUUGUUUCAACCUUAAGCAGUUACCAGAAUCUUUUGGUAACCUUUAUUUUCUUAGGUUCCUGAACCUAUCAAGCUGCUAUGAACUUCAGCAGUUUCCUGAAUCUGUUACAAACCUCGAGAAACUGGAAGUUCUUAUACUCCGGAGAUGUUGUAGACUUCGAAUUCUCCCCCCCUCCUUUGCAAUGAUUAAGUACCUUCGAAUUCUUGAUCUGGCUGGCUGUGAAGCACUUCAUGUAAGUACUGAGAUGCUAACAACCAAUUUGGAGUAUCUGAACCUACAACGGUGCCUAAAUCUUCAGACUCAGCCAUACUAUUUCGAAAACUUCAAUAAGUUGAAGUUUUUGAAUCUUUCCCAUUGCCUCCCUACCGUUGAUUGCCUGGAAUCUAUUAGUUACUUGUUCAACUUAGAAUAUCUAGAUCUGUCAGAAACUUCCCUUGACAUACCUAUGUCUUUUGCAAGGCUUCAGAAGUUGCACACACUGAACCUCACUGGUUGUGCUCCAAUGCAUCCAUCCUCUAAUGUACACCAAACAUGGCCAGGUAUAUUAGCAAAAAUUACAAGUCUCAAGUCUGUGCUGACGAUGGACCCAGUAUUAGCGGCCUCUCUUCAAGGACACACCGAGUGCUCUGCUGACUAUGAUUAUCACUCACUCACAACAACCGAUGAGCUUGUUAUUAAAGAGAUCACAGGCGGUUCCCGAGGCCUUCGUAUUGCUGAGCAGUUGAAUCUGCAGAAUCGACUGGAGGUUUGUUUCCUUAAGCUGGAAUGGGUUCCUAGGUCCCAAUCAGCUCAAGAUCAACUAUUGGAAUAUACAGAUGAGGAAGUGCUGGAGAAGUUCCAACCAAAUGAGACUCUGGAGCAUUUUAUGCUAGUUAAAUAUACAGGCAAUGUGUUUCCUACAUGGAUGAUGAACAAACUGACUUCACUCCCAUACCUUGUCAAUCUUUGUUUGUUCCACCUGCAUAACUGCAGUGCUCUCCCUCCAAUUGGCCAUCUACAAAAUCUGCGUUACUUGCAUAUUAAAGAUAUGCCCAACCUCACAAAUCUAGAGAUGGGUCUUUCUGGGGGGCCUGUGUCCUUGGGGAAAUUGACUCACCUCAAACUGGAAGCACUGAAUUUAGAAGAGCUGUCUAUACUCUUGUCAGCCAACAAUGAGAGUCCCUGUUUCAUGUUUCCCAAUCUUGAGGAGUUAUCUGUUCUAUCAUGCUCUAAGCUUGUCUUCAAACCAUCUGUGCCUAAGUGUGCGAAAUAUGUAAUAAAAGAGAGUAACAUGGUUCUGUCAUGUUGGCAGCCUCUGGGGCCAUUCUCAUCUCCACCAAUAGAAAAAGUAGAGAUAAGUGGGUGUGUGAUGCCUUCUGGUUGGUUGCAAUGGCUUAGAUCCAUACAGACUCUUGAGAAAGUAGUGAUAGAUGGUGAAGCUCUUUCAUCUUUUGAGCUCCAGAAGAUAUAUGCAUUUCAAGAAGCAUCUGGUAGUAAGAUUUCAAAGGAAACUGUAAGUUCAUCUAGGACAAAUAUGUCACGUGAGUUGACCACUGAGGAUGGUGCCCUUAAAGCUAUUGGUAUCGACAACUCAACAAUCAAACAUAUUCCAAGGUUUAACACCACUUCUGAACUCUCAGUGGAUACUAUUUCAUCCUCUAAAGUAAGCACACCAUCCAAGGAGAUCCCAUCAACUUUACGCCGUCCGGACAAGUCAAAAAUGCCUGCACUAAUACCUGGAGAUGGAUCUUUAAACUUAAGCCUUAAGCAGGUUCAGAAGGUUACUCAUAAUUUCUCACCUUUAUUUGAGUUAGGUGAAGGGGGAACCUGGGCAGUUUACAGGGCUGUAUUAUCAGAUAACCAGGUUGUUAUCAUCCGGAGAGCUAAAAAGGGCCACGUUCAAGAGGCAAAACAUCUUAUGGAAGUGAAGCUCCUUACAAAAAUUAAUCACUGGAGUUUGGUGAGAUUCUUAGGUUUUAUUGAUGAAAAAGAUGAGUGUAUUCGGAUCACAGAGUAUGUUCCAAAUGGCACUCUUAGGGAACACCUACAUGACCAACGUAAGAGAAUCCUGAAUUUUAAUCAACGUAUAGUGAUUGCCCUUGAUGUUGCUAUUGCAUUGACUUAUCUCCAUUUGUGUUCUGGGGACGCUUUAAUCUGUUACAACUUGAGGACGUCAAACAUCCUACUGACAGAGAGCUACCGAGCCAAAGUGUGCUGUUCUGAACUGUCAAAAAGUGGUAAUAUCGUGCUAUUAAAGGGAACAGGGGGCUACAUUGAUCCAGAGUACUUGGAGACCUCAGAGCUCACUGCCAAAUCUGAUGUCUACUCUUUUGGAAUAAUACUCUUAGAAAUCAUAUCUUCUCAUGGGCCACAAGACUGGGAUGUAUUGAUGAACCACCGGCAAAGCAGUGUUGUACAAUGGGCUCUUGAGAAAUUCUAUGACGACCUCAUGAAUGAGAUAUUGGAUUACCGUAUGGAGGAUCGCGUGGAUGGAGAUGUGGUCAGGGACUUGCUCAGCUUAGCGUUGAGUUGUGUGGUUUCGCGUGGCGCUGAUCGCCCAAGCAUCGUAGUUGUCGGGGAGCGACUGUGGAAAAUAUGGCAAGAUCAUCGAAGAAACGUAGGGGAACAGCACGAGUACCAAGGAAGCUGGGCAGAAUUUAUCGAACAAGAGGGAAUCCUGAGGCAUCACAAGUGUGUGCUCAAGAGAAGUUGGGAGCCUUCAACAACGCAGCAGGAUUGGUCUGUGUAUGUUAGGCAGAUUGAAUUAGUUCAAGAAGCUUACGAUACCCCAUGGGGAGAGGAAAUUUUUUCGGGGUCUGUUUCAUUGGACGAUAUCACAGUAUAUUCUCGGUAGAAAGCUUCAAUACGAUUAUAUUACUCCUGUUUUCUCCGCGGUAUUACAUGUGUAGAUUGGAGGACAAUAACCUAUUUGUUCUAUUUCUGUUUCAUUGGACGAUAAAUCAUAGUGUCUCCUCGGUAUGAACUCUUGAAAGUUUCAACUCGUUGUUUUCCUCACUCUA